AUGGCGGCGCUUGGUAGUUUUAACAGGCUGCUUAAUUUCGCUACAAAUACUUGUGUUAAAAGGAUUCUUCCAGCUUUGACAAACAAACAAUAUUAUCUAGGAUUAAAACUACGGCAGAUAGAAGUAGCUGGUUAUGCUAGUCGUAGACAACCAAUUAAAUAUAAAUUACCUUGGUUUAAACCAAAUCCAUCAUAUCAAGAAGAAAUACCUGAAGAAUAUGAGGAAAAAAAAGAAAAGGCAGCCGCUGACAUAAUCAACAAAAUUAACAAACAGAUAGCUACCAAUCAAGUUGGUCGCUUAUUUGCAGUCAUACACUUGUGUGGAACACAAUUUAAGAUCACAGAAAAUGAUGUUAUAACUAUUCAGGGCCAUUGGCCACCUCAACCAGGAGACCAAAUAAAUUUGGAAAAAGUAUUAUUGAUUGGUGGUAAGGAUUUUACACUCAUUGGAAGACCUAUACUGAAUAGGGAAUUGGUGUCGGUUAAUGCAACUGUAAUUCAGAAAACUUUAUCCCACACAAUAACUCGUUUUAGAAUGAGACCAAGGAAACAAUUUAAGAGAUUAAAUUGUAAGAAUGACAUGAUAAUGUAGUCAUAAUCAAAAAUGUUGUACAACUUUUCUGUUAACCAUAUAUUUGUUUUACAGUUAUCAGAAUACCCAGAACAAUGUUAAGAAUAAAUUCUAUAACUAUAAACGGGGAUGUCGACAAAAAGAAGGAAGUCGAAGGUUUAGAUAGAAUCUAUUAA